UUGGCGACGUUUAAGAGAUCCGCCAUGGACCUGGCCAUGAUGCAGGUUUACAGAAUAUGUGACAUUGACAAGAAUGGGCUAUUCACACGACAGGAGCUGAUGUGUGUGCAGAAAGUGAUCCAAAUUCUCUUCACUGGUCGCUGA